AUGACGAUUAAACAACAUCCUAUGCGAGGCAUUUUGCUUAGUGUUUUUUUGUUUAAAACAGGUAUCAAGGCCGCUGUGACAACGAUUUUGGUACAUACAGCUGGAAAAGCUCCCAUUGAUUCUAUUCAUUGGGCAUACGUUUGCAUUUUGUCGAAUGCUGAAAUGAUAACACUGAGCGGCAGUAAAAGAGCCGGGCACUGUACAUCGUUUACUGAACUGUAUGAAAGGCUGUAUCCAUUGGUAAAACGAUGCCCAGAUUUAUUAAUUGGCAAUGAGCAGCGCAAUAACAUUGAUCGCUACUCUCAUACUUUGAGGAUAAACUGCCAAAUGUUGGCUACGUUAUGUGAAUUUUCGAAGUUGGAAAGAAGCGCGCUAGAAAAUACGUAUGACUCUGUGUGGAAUGUGUUGGUGCGAAGUCGGCAUAAGGCUGUUCUCGACAGUUGCGCUAUUUGCUUUGGUAAAAUGACAGCUUAUUGUGUGACGAAUGAUUUCUCGGAUCUUGUAUAUCUUUAUCUCGAAAAG